AUGAACAUAAAGAUCGCUCCCGUGUUGAACGGCGUUGCCCGGCGAAGAGUCGCGACCCCGGGAUCAGUCCCCGUUCGCCCCACCGUGACGGGCGUGGUGGGAGGGGACGCUCCGAGGGCGGCGGCAUUCUACUCGACCUCCUCGAACAAGGCGAGACCACGCUCACACAACCUCGAAUGCCUCUCCAAACAGAGACGGUCGUUCCACGCUACAGCACCUGCUCAGGCCAUGAAGGAUCCGUACAAGGUGUUGGGCGUAGAUAAGGCCGCAAAAUCCGGCGACAUCAAGAAAGCAUACUACGCAGCCGCCAAGAAAUACCACCCGGAUACCUCGAAAGAACCCGAUGCUGCCGCGAAAUUCCAGGAAAUUCAGAGUUCGUACGAGAUUUUGAGUGAUGCGAAGAAGAGGGAGCAGUAUGACCAAUUUGGUGCUGCAGCGUUCGAACAGGGAGGUGGCAUGGGUGGAGGCCCAGGUGGAGGUUUCGGUGGUUUCGAUGGGUUUGGCGGACAAGGCGGAUUCGGAGGAGCAGGAGGGUUCAACUUCGAAGACCUAUUCGGCGCAUUCGCAAACGGCGGCAUGGGCGGCUCCCGCAGAAACCCCGGCCCAAUCGUCGGCGCCAACAUCGAAACCGAAGCCUCCAUCUCCUUCCUCGACUCCGCAAAAGGCACAACAGUCCCUCUUACCGUCUCCACCCACGACCCAUGCAACACCUGUUCCGGCUCAGGUCUAAAGAGCGGCGCGAAAAGGAGCACAUGUGGACGCUGUGGUGGAAGCGGGCAAAUCAUGCACGUCCUCCAAGGCGGAUUCCACAUGCAAACGACGUGUACAUCAUGUGGUGGUGCCGGCGUCCACGUCCCCGCCGGCUCCGAAUGUAAACCGUGCCGCGGCGACGGUGCGAUCCGUGCCCGCAAAACCAUCAAAGUCGACAUCCCGGCCGGUAUCGAGGACGGUAUGACGAUCAAACUGGCUGGGGAGGGUGAUUACCCGACACAAGCCACGACGACACCAGGUGCGAAAGCACGUCGUGGAGAUAUGUACGUCCACGUCCGCGUCGCGCCUCAUCCCACAUUCCGCCGCCAAGGCCGCAACAUCCUCUAUUCCGCCACCGUACCCCUCACCACCGCCGUCCUCGGCGGCAAAAUCCGCAUCCCGACGAUUGAGGGUGAAGUCGAUCUCAAAAUCCCCGCUGGAGUCAGUACAGGGGAGGGCGUCGUCAUCGGGGGACGCGGUAUGCCCGAUGUCAAUGGAGGCCGGGCAAAGGGUGAUUUCAGGGUCGAGUUUAGUGUGAAGACGCCGAAAUCGUUGAGUCCGCACCAGAGACAGUUGUUUGAGCAGCUCGCGGUUGCAUUUGGGGAUAAGAACGCAAAGGUCACCACUGACUUUUCUUCUUCGACGAGCUCGAACUCGAGUGGGGCAGCUGGGCAGGCUAAUGAGACUGCGACUACGGAGAAGGAUGGGUCUGGAGGGUUUUUCAAGAAGGCGUUUAGCAAGUUUACCCAGAAGGACGGAAAAGAGGGCGGGGAAGAGACGAAGAAGGGUUCUGGACCUGCCUAA